AUUUGCAAAAACAGAUCAUGGCCAUGGAGUGUAUCAAGUAUCUAUGUUAUAGUAUUGUGUAUGUACAGUAAUGUGUAUAUACUACACUAUGUAAUGUAACUGUUAAUAUUAACUUCCCCACUCACUCUAUAUCUCAUCCGCUUAUUUUGGCGGCACCAAAACCGCUACUUUCCUCCACCUCUCCUCUCACUCCCCAGAUUAUACUCCCUCUUUCUCUCUUUCUCUUUCUUGUUCCCCAAUUGUGCUAAAUCUUAGCCUUAAGGAGUCAGAGGAUAGAAUCAAAGCAAUACCCAGAUGGUGUUUUGAAGAGAUUUUGGCUUUUUUUUCUCUCAUUAUAGAUGAAAAGAGAGAUUGAGGAUCAAGAAUGGGAGACUCUGCUGCUGAAACUUCAUUGUGUUUUUCUAGCCUCUUGUGCCAAGAAGACGAGUCAUGUUUAAACGAAAUGGGCUAUGAGGAAAGUUUCAAUACUUGUAUAGAUAUUAAGCCCUAUUGUUUUGUUGCUGAAGAUGAGGAUGAGUAUAUUGAAAACUUGUUCAAGAGAGAAACUACCUAUUUUGGAUCCAAAGGCCUCUCAACUUCUGAUGAUUGUUCCACUAUAUGUCAAAGCUGGUUGAAAUCUGCUCGCUUGGAUGCUGUUGAAUGGAUUUUCAAUACUCGAGCAGUUUUUGGGUUCCACUACAGAACUGCUUAUCUCUCAGUCACUUAUUUUGAUCGGUUUAUUUCCAAGAGAUACAUUGAUAAUGGGAAGAUGUGGGCUAUUCGAUUAUUAUCAGUAGCUUGUUUAUCAUUGGCGGCUAAGAUGGAGGAAUGCAAUGUCCCAAUACUCUCAGAAUUCCCAACUUCAGAUUAUGACUUUGAAAGUAAUGCCAUUCAGAGAAUGGAGCUGUUGGUUUUAAGCACCUUAGAAUGGAAAUUGGGAUCAAUAACUCCUUUUACUUAUCUAAAUUACUUCAUUAAUAAAUUCUGUGGUGAUUCUAGACCAAAAGAACUAGUCUCUAGUGCUGUUCAUCUGAUUGUGGCCAUGGCAAAAGAGGCUAGUUUGAUUGAUACUCGGUCGUCUAUUAUUGCUGCCGCCGCAGUAUUAGCUGCUUUUGAUUGCCAAUUAACAAGAAAGAUAAUGGAGCUUAAGAUGAAUGUGAUCUCAUUCUGGCGAUCAGAUGACAAGGAACUUUUGUAUUCAACUUAUAGUCUUGUGCAAGAAAUAGAGAAAGGAGCAGUAAGGACACCAGAGUUAUCAAUUUCACCCAAUGUUUUAUCAAUCCAUUCAAGUUCUCAUUACCUUAAUGAGAAUGCUUCAUUCAACUCUGGGGUUGGCACUAAAAGAAGGCUUACUUUCAAUGAGUCUGAUCACAGUAGUCCAGAAAAGAAAGUUCACAGGACAUAGGAAAAUUUGUUGUUGUUCUUCUCCUUCUUCUGCCCUGGUGAUAUAUUUGAGUUCCCUUUUUUAGACUACAGGUUUUUCUUUCCUUUUUCCUUUUCACCCUUUGAAAUUGAUUUUUUGUAUUAGAUGGAGUUAUAGGUUUAAUCAGGGUUUAAAAACCAUGUGACAUGGUAUGAUUUGCAAUUUGAUGAUUGAGGUUACAAUUUCCAAUACCAAAACCAAAAGUUUUUUCAGCCAGUGAGUGAGAAAAGAAGAUAGAGAAAAGGGAAAGUAUGUAAAUAAAAGAAGAUAACUUUAGCCUACAGUAAGAAGUAAGAAGCUGACUGAAGUUCAAAAGAGCCAUCAAGGAAGGGAGUGAAGGCCAAGAGUGAACCAGAAAGGCCAUUGAAGACUGCUUGUCUAUAUUGAGUGCCAGCAUAGUACUUUCUUUCAUAAUGCUACUAUUGCUUACCAGCCACUUUUUUUCUUCUUCUUUCUUUCUUUUUUGAUUUAUUUGUUUCAUCUUCAUUUAAGAAGAAAAAAACAUUUUAUUAAUGUGUACAUCUCACUAGCAAACCCCUACCUUUUGAUGUGGGGGGCUUGGGAUGCUUCCUAUGUCUUUCAAAAGGCUGAAAGCCAUGAGGAAUGAGGAAUUGUUUUAGUUUGAUUUGAUGUAUCUGUGUUAAAUAUUGGGCCA